AUGGGAGUGAAUUCUACAGAAUUUGAAAUUUUUGAAAAACAAUUUACUGAAUUAGUGGGAGAAUUUCAAGUUUUAACAAUUUCUGAAUCGCGACUAAGAGAUGCACUUCGAAACGAAGCGGCUCGCGCCGAAGCUGCCAAAGCAGCUCGCGAUGUAGUAGAGAAAUCUGCAGCAGACAUGCGGGCUAAUGCCGCCGCUGCCACCGCCGGUGCCACUCACGCCGCGCAAGCAUUGAACGCCAUACAGGAUAACCUUAAUAACGUUAAAGUUCAGCUAGACGUAUCGGAACGUACACGGAUGCUUUUCGAAGAAAAAUGUACUGAGAUGAGCGAAAACAUAGCUGUACUUGAAAAAGAACUUCAACAGUUGAGGCCCCUCCAGUCAUCCUACGUUGCCUUACAACGCCAAUAUAUAGAACUGCAAGAGCAAACACAUACUGCUACAGAAGAGGCCCGCAGAGAGGUAAGUCGCUUGGAGAACGAGUUGCGUCGCGUGGAACGUUGCGCCGGCGCGGGUUCGGAGCUGCGCGAGCGGGCGCGCCUGGCCGCCGCGGCGCAUGCGCGGGAACGGCGCCUCGCGGCUGCUGAACUGCUAGAUACUAAUCGGGAAUUGCAUGCUGCUAAUGCUGAAAUUAUGCGUCUGAAGAUUAUUGUUAGCGAACUUCAAUGCAAACUGUCCGCCGUUCAAGAAAAAAGAAAUAAAGAAUUCGACACACACGUUGACCAAAACAUACUCGAGGAAUCUAAAGCUGCGUUAGAUGUCGAAAGAAGCACUAGUGCGCGACUUGAAAAAGCUUUGCAGGCAGCCAUAGCUGAUAACGCGACUUUAUCUGCUGAACUCCAUCGUAUUGAUAACAAUUCUGUUGAACUUCAGUAUGAAAGUUCUAAAACAGAAGAUCUGCUCCCUACUCAUAUAUGUCCUAUUGACUCGUUUCUUGCUGAUUAA